CGUCCAACGCUCACCCACCCAGCCCUGCAAGUAUAAAAGGAGGGAGGAGAGCUCCAGGGACCAAACGGGCGCCGAAGGAGGACAGAAGAGGUUAAGAGCAGUGACCAAGCGAGGCCACCGAACUUCUGAGAGCGGCAUUUCCGCGACAGGAGUCCCACCGAUCUCGUUUGCCUCUGCAGAGCCUCAGCCUGCCACCUGGAAGAUGCCGAGAUCCUGCUACAGUCGAACAGGGGCCCUGCUGCUGGCCUUCUUGCUUCAGACCUCCAUAGAAGUUUGGGGCUGGUGCCUGGAGAGCAGCCAGUGUCAGGACCUCACCACGGAGAGCAACCUGCUGGCUUGCAUCCGCGCCUGCCGACUUGACCUCUCGGCGGAGACCCCCGUGUUUCCAGGCAACGGGGAUGAACAGCCGCUGACCGAGAACCCCCGGAAGUACGUCAUGGGUCACUUCCGCUGGGACCGCUUCGGCCCGAGGAACAGCAGCGGUGCCGGUGGCGCGGCGCAGAGGCGUGCGGAGGAGGAGGAGGAGGAGGCGGCGGGUUUAGAUGGCCGUCCUGAGCCGGGCCUGAGUGAGGGCAAGCGCUCCUACUCUAUGGAGCACUUCCGCUGGGGCAAGCCCGUGGGCAAGAAGAGGCGCCCGGUGAAGGUGUACCCCAGCGUCGCCGAGAACGAGUCGGCAGAGGCCUUUCCCCUGGAGUUCAAGAGGGAGCUGGUAGGUGAGCAGCCCGACGGCUUGGAGCACGUCCUGGAGCCCAACGCCGAGAAGGACGACGGGCCCUAUCGGGUGGAGCACUUCCGCUGGGGCAGCCCGUCCAAGGACAAGCGCUACGGAGGCUUCAUGACCUCCGAGAAGAGCCAGACACCCCUGGUGACGCUCUUCAAGAACGCCAUCAUCAAGAACGCGCACAAGAAGGGCCAGUGAGGGUGCAGGGGUCUUCGCACUCCGGCCCCCUCCCUGCAUGGGCGAGCUACUCGCCGCUGACCUCGAGCCUCUUAGAGCUACCUGUACUUAGGAAAUAAAACCUUUCA